AUGUCUACAGGGUCAGAUCGUCGUAAUGUUCAACCUCACGACCACUUAAAUUUUAAUGAUUUGAAUAACUCUGAAAUAAUAGACGAAGUAAACGCAGCGCCACCAACUUACGAGGAAGCUAUAACAUCUCGAGAUUUAGAAGAUAAUAUACCAACUACUUCUUUCUCUUCGUUCUCUCGUUCAGCUGCAGCUAAUUUACAUGCUAUAGAAGAAAUGCUUUCUUCAAAUCAGUCAACUAGUGAAAGACAUCCUUUACUUAACAAAAACAAUAGACCAUAUAAUUUAUUUGGAAGGUUGUAUAGUGAACCACAAAGUUCAGUUAAUCAGUCCACUUCGUCUAAUCAAUACAUGACAUUCCCUUUACCACGUGGAUCAUAUGAAUUUGAAUAUGAAGUAUUACAGGGUCGUAUUAUAUCGUGUGAUCCACAAGUAAGCAAGGACUCUGAUUCAUUAUACAGAUUUUUUAACGAACAUAAUGACAAACCUGAAAUGGCGAUUAUAAUUUAUGGAUAUCAUACACGGAAUACUGGUAAAAAGAAUACUGAAAUAACGGAUUUUAGGUUCACUAUAGAUUUAACAGAAUUCGUAUCACCUGUUGGAGAAUUACGUGCUAAUAAACCGGAUAUGAAUUUCAUGGAAGUCUUGGAAGAUUAUGUUCGUCGUGAUGGUGUUCUAAAAUCUAUUGAAAUGCACAAG